GAGAGGACGCAGUCAAGGGAAGAGGAGCCACGCAGCCGCCGCCUGAGCUCCGCCUCAGCCCCGCGGGCCCCACGGAGUGAGUGUCAUGCGACAUCCCCAGGCCUGCCCAGGGUCCUCUGGCCCACUGCCCAGACCCCCCAGGAGGCCCUGACGCCCUGGGGCACUUCUGCUCUGCACAGGACCACCAGGGGGUUUGCCAUGGUGACAUAAAGGGGCGCAGAGGAAGGAAGGAGCGCGACCAGCCUGCGGACUGCGCCCCUGGCUGGGGGGAAGGGCCAGGGGCCCGGAUCCUCCACCCCCACCGCCCACCGAGGGCCUCGCUUCCUAAGUCUCUGUGAAUUUCUGGGUCAUUGGACGACUCUCGUGUCUCCUGUGUGGGGCCUUGGGGUGGCCAGGGCAGGCCAGGCCUCCGGUGGCCGAGGUCUCGGGGGCCAGGAUGCCUGCCCUGGCGUGCCUCCGGAGGUUGUGUCGGCACGUGUCCCCGCAGGCUGUCCUUUUCCUGCUGUUCGUCUUCUGUCUGUUCAGCGUUUUCGUCUCGGCCUACUACCUAUAUGGCUGGAAGCGGGGCCUGGAGCCCUCGGCAGAUGCCCCUGAGCCCGACUGUGGGGACCCGCCUCCCGUGGCCCCCAGUCGCCUCCUGCCACUCAAGCCUGUGCAGGCAGCUGCCCCUUCCCGCACGGACCCGUUGGUGCUGGUGUUUGUGGAGAGCCUCUACUCGCAGCUGGGCCAGGAGGUGGUGGCCAUCCUGGAGUCCAGCCGCUUCAAGUACCGAACAGAGAUUGCGCCGGGCAAGGGGGACAUGCCCACGCUCACAGACAAGGGCCGUGGCCGCUUCGCCCUCAUCAUCUAUGAGAACAUCCUCAAGUACGUCAACCUGGACGCCUGGAACCGGGAGCUGCUGGACAAGUACUGUGUGGCCUACGGCGUGGGCAUCAUUGGCUUCUUUAAGGCCAAUGAGAACAGCCUGCUGAGCGCGCAGCUCAAGGGCUUCCCCUUGUUCCUGCAUUCGAACCUGGGCCUGAAGGACUGCAGCAUUAACCCCAAGUCCCCGUUGCUGUAUGUGACGCGGCCCAGCGAGGUGGAGAAGGGCGUGCUGCCUGGCGAGGACUGGACCGUGUUCCAGUCGAACCACUCGACCUAUGAGCCAGUGCUGCUGGCCAAGACACGCUCGUCCGAGUCCAUCCCGCACCUGGGCGCCGACGCCGGCCUGCACGCCGCGCUGCAUGCCACCGUGGUCCAGGACCUGGGCCUCCAUGACGGCAUCCAGCGCGUGCUGUUUGGCAACAACCUCAACUUCUGGCUGCACAAGCUCGUCUUUGUGGAUGCUGUGGCCUUCCUCACGGGGAAGCGCCUCUCGUUGCCUUUGGACCGCUACAUCCUGGUGGACAUCGACGACAUCUUUGUGGGCAAGGAAGGCACACGCAUGAAGGUGGAGGAUGUGAAGGCCCUGUUUGACACACAGAACGAGCUACGCACACACAUCCCGAACUUCACCUUCAACCUGGGCUACUCAGGGAAAUUCUUCCACACAGGUACUGAUGCCGAGGAUGCCGGGGACGACCUGCUGCUGUCAUACGUGAAGGAGUUCUGGUGGUUCCCCCACAUGUGGAGCCACAUGCAGCCCCACCUUUUCCACAACCAGUCCGUGCUGGCCGAGCAGAUGGCCCUGAACAAGAAGUUCGCUGUCGAGCACGGCAUUCCCACAGACAUGGGCUACGCGGUGGCGCCCCACCACUCGGGCGUGUACCCCGUGCACGUGCAGCUGUACGAGGCCUGGAAGCAGGUGUGGAGCAUCCGCGUGACCAGCACGGAGGAGUACCCCCACCUGAAGCCAGCCCGCUACCGCCGCGGCUUCAUCCACAAUGGCAUCAUGGUCCUCCCGAGGCAGACCUGCGGCCUCUUCACACACACCAUCUUCUACAACGAGUACCCUGGUGGCUCCAGCGAGCUGGACAAGAUCAUCAAUGGGGGCGAACUCUUCCUCACCGUGCUCCUCAAUCCUAUCAGCAUCUUCAUGACACACCUGUCCAACUACGGGAACGACCGCCUGGGCCUGUACACCUUCAAGCACCUGGUGCGCUUCCUGCACUCCUGGACCAACCUCCGGCUGCAGACGCUGCCCCCCGUGCAGCUGGCCCAGAAGUACUUCCAGAUCUUCUCUGAGGAGAAGGACCCGCUCUGGCAGGAUCCCUGUGAGGACAAACGCCACAAAGACAUCUGGUCCAAGGAGAAGACUUGUGACCGUUUCCCGAAGCUCCUCAUCAUUGGCCCCCAGAAAACAGGCACCACAGCUCUCUACCUGUUCCUGGGCAUGCACCCGGACCUAAGCAGCAACUACCCCAGCUCAGAGACCUUUGAGGAGAUCCAGUUUUUUAACGGCCACAACUAUCACAAAGGCAUCGACUGGUACAUGGAGUUCUUCCCUAUCCCUUCCAACACCACCUCCGACUUCUACUUUGAGAAAAGCGCCAACUACUUCGAUUCAGAAGUGGCGCCGCGGCGGGCAGCAGCCCUUUUGCCCAAGGCCAAGGUCCUGACCAUCCUCAUCAACCCAGCGGACCGGGCCUAUUCCUGGUACCAGCACCAGCGAGCCCAUGAUGACCCAGUGGCCCUGAAGUACACCUUCCAUGAGGUGAUCACGGCCAGCCCUGAUGCGUCCUCAAAGCUGCGCGCCCUCCAGAACCGCUGCUUGGUCCCCGGCUGGUACGCCACCCACAUCGAGCGCUGGCUCAGCGCCUUUCACGCCAACCAGAUUCUGGUCUUGGAUGGCAAACUGCUGCGAACAGAACCUGCCAAAGUGAUGGACACAGUGCAGAAGUUCCUUGGGGUGACCAACACCAUUGACUACCACAAAACUUUGGCGUUUGAUCCAAAGAAAGGAUUUUGGUGCCAACUGCUCGAAGGAGGAAAAACCAAGUGUCUGGGCAAAAGCAAGGGCCGGAAAUACCCAGAGAUGGACUCGGAUUCCCGAGCCUUCCUGAAGGACUAUUACCGGGACCAUAACAUCGAGCUUUCCAAGCUGCUGUACAAGAUGGGCCAGACACUGCCCACCUGGCUGCGGGAAGACCUCCAGAACACCAGGUAGCCGUGGCCACCACAGCCAGACUGAAUGUUUGUGAUGGCAGGGACGUCCCGCCGCAUGCUGAGCCAGACUGACCUGCGGAGUGGGGAGCAGGCCGGGGCCGGCCAAGCACUUAUGAGCAAUACUCCGCUGAGGCCCACGUGGGGCCAGGAGAAGAGCCCAGGCAGGUCCACAAGCGCCUCAGAACACCCACUGCCGGGUCUGUGGCCAACAGGACCUCCCAACCACCAGAGGUCCAUUCUGCUCACAGCCUUUCCUGGGGAGGCCACUUCCUGUUGGUGGAUGCCCAUUUCCUGUUGGUGGAUGGCCGCUUCCUGUUGGUGGACGGCCACUUCCUGGUAGGGGGAGUCCACAGACUCUCUUUUCUGUUCCUCACUGUGUUCUCCCAACCACCCCCUCUCCUUCAUCCAUCACUCCCUGCUCCGGCAGGGCAUCCCCUCAGUAUUAGCUGCCAUAUUUUCCCUGUCCUGACAAUAAGGGAGAAGAGCCCAGCUGGGCCUUUUGCCAAACCAGGGAGAGAGACUGGACACUUCCCUGACUUGUUUCCAGCCAGGCUCUUCAAAGGGGUCAGCUGGAUACCCAGGGUCAGCCACUAGGCUGGAUGUGAGGGUGGCCACCUCGAGAGAACUCUGAACCUCCACAUCUGGUUCAUACGUCACAUCUCACCUUCCCUUUUUGGGGAAAGUAUCUCUGGUUCCUACCGUAUCCACCCAGUCCCUAAGGCCUCCUGCAGGGCCCUAGGGCACUGCCAUGCCAUUUGGGCCCAGAGACCCAGGCCUCGGCUGGACCCCAUCUUCACCCUGGGGUAUGACGUGUGUGGUAUUUCCUGUGGUAAAAGACCGAGACAGUUCAGGAGUCUGCCAGUAUACGUGUUCCCCUGUACAGACGCGCCCCCACACCCACCCAGCCUCGGCUCCUGGCAGACGUGGGCAGAGCUGGUGAGACGCCAGCCACUGCUUUGCCCCAGCUUCCUGUGGCUGAGGGUUUCCAGAGACCCCCUUAACCUCCCAAAUACUAAGAAGCUACAGUAUUUUAAUAUUUUGUUUUUUUUUUUCUUGGUGCCAGAGUUUAUACCCUGGGUGCUGGGGUCGCACUGUGUUUUUUAUAUAUAUAUAUAAUGUGUAUAUAUAUAUAUAUAUAUAUUAUAU